AGCUAAAGAAACUAAGUUGUCCUCCCUAGGGCAUAUAAUUUGAAACCCACUAUAUAUACAUACAAGCUCUACAUACGCCUUCUUCAUCUCCAUCACUCUCCGUCAUCAACCUUUACAAAUGGCGCUUCCGAACCAGCAAACCGUUGAUUACCCCAGCUUCAAACUUGUUAUUGUUGGCGAUGGUGGAACUGGCAAAACUACGUUUGUGAAGAGACAUUUGACGGGAGAAUUCGAGAAGAAAUACGAACCAACUAUUGGUGUGGAGGUUCAUCCUUUGGAUUUCUUCACCAACUGCGGUAAGAUUCGGUUUUACUGCUGGGACACAGCUGGGCAAGAGAAGUUCGGUGGCCUUAGAGAUGGAUAUUACAUUCACGGCCAAUGUGCGAUCAUUAUGUUCGACGUUACUGCCAGAUUGACGUACAAGAAUGUUCCCACGUGGCACCGUGAUCUUUGCAGGGUGUGUGAGAACAUCCCGAUUGUGCUAUGUGGAAACAAGGUUGAUGUUAAGAACCGUCAAGUGAAAGCAAAACAAGUUACUUUUCACCGAAAGAAAAACUUGCAGUAUUAUGAAAUUUCGGCUAAGAGUAACUACAACUUUGAGAAGCCAUUUCUCUACCUUGCUAGGAAACUUGCCGGGGAUGCAAACUUGCACUUUGUCGAGUCUCCUGCACUUGCUCCACCAGAAGUUCAAAUCGACAUGGUUGCUCAACAACAGCAUGAAAAGGAACUUGCGGAUGCUGUAAACCAGCCUCUUCCGGAUGACGAUGAUGACGCUUUUGAAUAGAGAAACGAUGGUUGAUCAUAUUUUUCUUCGACGAUGAAGUCGGUGUUAAAUUUGGUUUUUUGUUUAAUAUUCAAGGGUUGUUUGAGAGAAAGAUGUUCUUUUCUUCAGAAUAUGAGAAUUUAUGGACAUGUCCCAAAUUUAUGAGCACUUGAUGUUUUUACUAUAUACAUUUGUAUAUUUUUGUUGAAGUGUUGGUUGCGUUUGAAUUGA